AUGAGCUGCAGCAGUGUUGAAGUCUCCGAGUUCUCUGAGGAGGAGCUGGAGCUUGGACUUCUUGGAGAAGAAGAGGACGACGGGAGUCACAAGGCGUCUUACGAGGACAGCGAGAGUUCCGACAGCAGCCCCAGUGACCUGGAGGAGGGCCAGGCCAAGAAGCGCAACCGACCCGUGCGUUCCAAAGCUCGCAGGAUGGCAGCCAACGUGCGCGAGCGGAAGCGCAUCAUGGACUACAACCAGGCCUUCAACGCCCUGCGCGUGGCCCUGAACCAUGACCUCAGCGGCAAGCGGCUGUCCAAGAUCGCCACGCUGCAGAGGGCCAUCAACCGCAUCUCCGCGCUCUCAGUGUUCCUGACCUCCAACCCCCCCGGCAAGGCCUGCAGCCACCGGGAGUGCCACCGGGCCCCCGCGGGGCCAGCUGGCACGGGAGCGUCUCGACCGGACCAGACCCGGAUAACGGUUCCACGUCUGGAGCAUCAGAGUUACAACCCCUGGCACGCGUCCCUCUCUCACCAGGUGCAGCCACAACUCGGGCCUCACGGGCACAGGCUGCCCACGGAGCCGCACGUCUAUAUGGACAACAUGGUGUCAUCGUGUCCCCCGUCCCCACACUAUCCCUGUUACCCCGCCGAGGGACAGCUGUACGCCUCGCAUGGACACUGCAGCAGCCCGCACCACCACCCGCCCAGUCCUCUGGGGUACCCGCAGGUGGGCGAGGGGCUGGGCUACCAGCCGGGGAUGUGGGCCUCCUGCACGCAGGGAUAUGUGGACAAUUUUGUGGAGCCGCCUCCCGCUCUGGGGCUUCCAUGGCAGGUGAGCUACAAGUCAGAGUCAGAGCACAGCCUGUCUCUGUGCUCGGAUAUACUGUAA